ACAAAUGCAGGAGAGAAACCAUACAAAUGCCAGCAGUGUGAGAAGUGUUUUGCUGACAAGUCAAACUUUUCAAGGCAUCAGAGAGUCCACACAGGAGAGAAACCAUAUAGAUGCCAGCAAUGUGGAAAAUGUUUUUCUAACAAGACUUCCUUUGUGCAUCAUCAAAAGGUCCACACAGGAGAGAAGCCAUACAGAUGCCAGCAGUGUGGCAAAUGUUUUGCUCGCAAAUCUAACCUUCAAAGCCACCAGAGUAUCCACACAGGAGAGAAGCCAUACAAAUGCCAGCACUGUGGGAAAUGUUUUGUUGAGAAGUCUUUCCUUAUGAAGCAUCAGAGUAUCCACACAGAAGAGAAACCUUACAAAUGCCAGCAAUGUGGUAAAGGUUUUGGUCACAAGUCUGCCCUUGUGAGACAUCGGAUUCUUCACACAGGCGAGAAACCAUACAAAUGUCAGGAGUGUGAGAAGUGUUUUGCUGACAAGUCAAGCCUUUCAAAGCAUCAGAGAGUCCACACAGGAGAGAAACCAUACAAAUGCCAACACUGUGGUAAAUGUUUUGCUCGCAAAUCUAACCUUCAAAGACACCAGAGUCUCCACACAGGAGAGAAGCCAUACAAAUGCCAGCAGUGUGGGAAAAGUUUUGUUGAGAAGUCUUUCCUUAUGAAGCAUCAUAUUCUUCACACAGGAGAGAAACCAUACAAAUGCCAGCAAUGUGGUAAAGGUUUUGGUCACAAGUUUGCCCUUGUGAGACAUCGGAUUCUUCACACAGGAGAGAAACCGUACAAAUGCCAGGAGUGUGAAAAGUGUUUUGCUGACAAGUCAAGCCUUUCAAAGCAUCAGAGAGUCCACACAGGAGAGAAACCAUACUGUUUUGCUCGCAAAUCUAACCUUCAAAGCCACCAGAGUAUCCACACAGAAGAGAAACCAUACAAAUGCCAGCACUGUGGGAAAUGUUUUGUUGAGAAGUCUUUCCUUAUGAAGCAUCAGAGUAUCCACACAGAAGAGAAACCGUACAAAUGCCAGCAAUGUUUUAAAGGUUUUGGUCACAAGUCUGCCCUUGUGAGACAUCAGAUUCUUCACACAGGCGAGAAACCAUACAAAUGUCAGGAGUGUGAGAAGUGUUUUGCUGACAAGUCAAGCCUUUCAAAGCAUCAGAGAGUCCACACAGGAGAGAAACCAUACAAAUGCCAACACUGUGGUAAAUGUUUUGCUCGCAAAUCUAACCUUCAAAGCCACCAGAGACUCCACACAGGAGAGAAGCCAUACAAAUGUCAGCACUGUGGGAAAUGUUUUGUUGAGAAGUCUUUCCUUAUGAAGCAUCAGAAUAUCCACACAGAAGAGAAACCAUACAAAUGCCAGCAUUGUGGUAGAGGUUUUGGUCACAAGUCUGCCCUUGUGAGACAUCGGAUUCUUCACACAGGAGAGAAACCAUACAAAUGCCAGGAGUGUGAGAAGUGUUUUGCUGACAAGUCAAGCCUUUCAAAGCAUCAGCGAGUCCACACAGGAGAGAAACCAUACAGAUGCCAGCAGUGUGGCAAAGGUUUUAUUCGCAAGUCACAACUUGAGAGUCAUCAGACAGUCCACACAGGAGAGACGCCAUACAAAUGCGAGCACUGUGGGAAAUGUUUUGCUGAGAAUUAUUCCCUUGAGAAGCAUCAGAGUCUC